AUGGCUGAGAUGUUUAUGGAGAAACCCCCUCAUUUUAACUUUGAAUAUAAGGAAAUCGAAUCAAUGGUGGAUGCUAUUCCUUUCAUUGGACCAACUGCAUAUGGUAUCCAUAAAGAACUACCAAGAUGGUAUAAGAUAUUAGAUGAUA